AUGCACAUCCGAGAACUCACCAUCGCCCGAUUCCACGACGCCCUCCGCGCCGGCCAGACGACAUGCCACGCCGUCACCGCCGCCUAUCUGCGCCGCAUAUCGGCCUAUGACCCCGUCCUCAAAGCCCUCAUCUGCGUGAACAAGAACGCCCUAGACGCCGCUCGGCAGAAAGACGUCGAGACGGCUGCCAUUCUCGCCCGGAAUGACCGAAAGUUGCCCCCUCUCCACGGCGUCCCCCUCAUCCUGAAAGACACGUACGGCACCAAGGACAUGCCCACGACGGCCGGAUGCAGGGCCCUCUCCAGUCUCCAGACGAAAGACGACGCCUUUGUCGUGCGCAAGCUCCGUGUCGCGGGCGCCAUCAUCCUCGCCAAAGCCAACCUCCACGAGCUGUCGAUGCAGGGCAUCACCGUGUCGUCGCUGGGCGGGCAGACGCGCAAUCCGUACGAUCUCAGCCGCACGCCCGGCGGCUCGUCCGGCGGCACGGCGGCUGCCCUCGCUGCGAAUCUAGGGCUGGGUGGCUGUGGCGGCGAUACGAUGAACUCGCUGCGCUCGCCCGCGUCGGCAUGCGCCAUCGUCGGCUUCCGUCCUACGGCCGGCCAGGUGUCGCGGAGCGGGACGGUGCCGGUGGCUCAUACGCAGGACGCCGUGGGCCCGAUGGCCAGGACGGUGCAGGAUGUCCGGGUCCUGUUCGAGGUGAUGAGGGGAGAGGAUCCCGCGGAUCCGAUCACCUUGUCUGCGGAAAGAGAUGCAGCAGCAGCCACUACUACUACUCCGAGACGCAGAUAUCGGAUCGGCGUGCUAGACACAUAUUUCGGACAGGAAAGUGGCAGCGACAAGGCGGAAAUCUCCACCGUCAACAAGACCGUCCUCCACGCACUGGAUAAAGGCCGUCAGCACGGUCUCGUCGAGCUGGUGCACGUCUCUUUACCAGCAGACUGCGACGUGGCAUCGCUCCUCGCAUCGACAGAUGUCCAGUCGUACGAAUUCCGCGAAGCAAUCGACUCAUUCCUGCAGUCUGAUUUCAUUCAGCACACGCCGCACAAGACGCUCGAGUCCAUUUCCAGGCAUGAAGGAGGGUACCUCCGCGAGGCCAUGUCGCAGUCCUUCUUCGAGACGCUGCUGCAGUCCGACACCUUCAACACGUCGAGCCCGGAGUACGGCGUCCGACUGCGUCGUAUCGCGAAGCUGAAGGAGUCGCUGGCGGAUUGCUUCCGUCGGUUCGGCCUCGAUGCCCUCGCUUACCCGCACCAGAGGGUUCUCGUCAGCAGAAUCGGGCCGAUGAACAACCAGCCUGGUCGGAAUGGCAUCCUGGCGGCGCUGACGGGGAGGCCGGCGAUUUGCAUUCCUGACCCAGACUCAACCUCAGACUCAGCCCUCGGCGUCCCCAUCGGGCUGGAAUUCCUCGGCCAGCCGUGGAAAGACUUUGAGCUGCUCGACCUAGCGGAGCGAUUCGAGGAGGUGCUGCAAGCGAGGAAGGAUCCGGAGGAAGUUUUGCGAUCUGCUGUGCCAGCGACAGCUGCAGAAGCAGCAGCAGCAGCAGCAGCAGCAGCAGAAGUUCUUGCGUAG